CAACCAUUACAUAUGUACGACAACUAAUUACAUCUGGAAUCAAACACGACAAUCGACAUUUAUAUUCGUUUUGCGUCACUUCGAAAACUGAAACCAACCAGCGGCGUGAGGCCGCUUUCGGACUUAACUAGGCUAGCUACGAAAUAAACCUUUUACUAGCUAUCAUACAGUCGAAUGUGACAAAUAUUUCCAGCUUGAUAACCCAACUUCAACAUCAUGGCACGCGCAGCGGUCAUCCCUGGCGUGGCCUCAACCGAGCCUCCUCCAGCCCGAGCAACUAGAGGACGAGGCCGCACACCACAAUCCGAAGAAACGACGAAAACCGCAGAACCCGCGAAACGGGGACGGAAACCUGGCAAGACGGGGACUGCGGCCGGCAGCAAUAUAAAGCAGAAGAAGGCAGCUGUAUCCAAGAAGGAUGUCUUUGAGGAUAGCUCGACGGAUGAUGAAAUCCGAUUUGAUUCUUCCACGAGCAGGCUACCGGCUGCGGCGGCGAAAGUGAGGGCGGCGCGUCCUGUGAGAGCAGCCACGCCGACUGCUAUGCACAGUGAUCAAGAGCAGAGCGAUGAUGAGGAGAUUGAGGACGAUGAUGAUGAGUUGGCGCAGCUCGAGGUGACAAGGAAAAAGGCCGGCCGGCCAAAGACGAAAGCAGCCGCCACCAAGGCGGAGAAAACGAAGUCGGCUGGUGCUACGGCGACGACGACUAAAGCCACUCGAGGACGGCCAAAGGCAGUUAAAAGCGUCGAGCCUGUAGCAGAACCAGCAACAACUACGACGAGGAAAACAAGGGGUCGACCGGCUGCUGCAAAGCCAGAAGUGGAAAAGAAGAUUUAUGUUGCGACCGCUUCUACAACUUCGAGUUUCGCAAAGGCCCGUCCAACAGGCGGGCCGGCGAUAAGGAAAAAGGUUACAUUUGCAGACCUUUCUGGAUCUGAAAAUGAAGCUUCGGCCGAGGAACAGCAGCCAGCCAACGGCGCUAGAAAGGCAGCGGCCGCUGGGAAGGCUCAGAGUGGCAGUGGUCUGAAAGCUAAGCCACUUCGUAAGACCGCUGGCACGACAGGCCGGGGCCGUCCUCCAAAGUCUCAGUCUGCAGCAAAACCUCUCUCGCCGAAGAAAGCAACGCAACUUACAAAGUCUUCGUCUGCGAGCUCUGGAGAUGAUGACGAGCUUGCGGGUGAGAAGACAGUCUAUUCUUUGGUGGUGCAAUCCCCCAUUAAGAACCAGGUGCAACACACAGGCCUGAGCUCUCCGGUGAAGAGAAUCAACUUCACCGGUGCAACUGCGACUCCUUCCAGAACUGCGUCUAGGGUGGAGAAUGACGAGAAUUCGCUUCCAGGAGUUCAACCACCUUCGGCCAUUCGAGACGCCGCCUUCUUAGGCAGCCCUGCACGUCGACCACCAUCACCAUCCAAGGAAUCAAUCAGCCACACCCCACGACGGGGUCAUCUCUUCAAUACGCAGUUUCAAGCUCCGAGUACAGCCCAACUCGAGGCAUCCACCCCAACAAGGUUGUCCCCAUUGAAGCUCUCACCGAAGAAGGGACCUAAUCUGGGAGUGUCAUUUCUCGGCUCUCCAGAAAAGGGCUUAUCUACGCCUUUCAAUGCUAAGCUCUCCUUGCUUCAAAGUCCCGCGAAAAGAAUUCAGUCGCCAUUCGUUUUUCAAAAGGUCGGAAAGUCUUCAACACCCAAUGAAGAUGUCGACAUGGAUGGUAAUGCAUCCAACGACUACGAAGCCACCAAAUCGAACAGGGAAGUUGAAGAGUUUAGUGACGAUGAAAUUAGCAUGGAUACUAAGCUGACUUUAUGUGCCGAUAAUUAUGAUGAUGUCUUCGUUGAGCAGCCUGCUACUACCUUGAAUGAUCAACAAGACAUUGCUGUUGCUGAUUAUGCAGAUGGCCAGGAUUCACGCGAGCAAGCGAGUAUUGAGACAACAGAAUCAAAAUCAGAAACUACCGAGGAGUCCAAUGAAACACCAGUGGACGAUGAAAUGGAUGCUGAUGAUGUUGUCAUGGAUGUUGAGCAUGAAGAUAUUGAAAACAAUGAAGGGUCAGGCAUCUCCGGUCACAUUGACCCUGUGGAGGGUGGCCAUAUUGAUCAACAGGUUGGUCACCAGCAAGACUGCGAUGAAAUGGAAGACGACGCCGACGCAGUGAUCCAGCCGAACCCAGACUCCGAUGAACAGGAGGCUGAGCAUGAGACUGAAGUUGAAGUAUCCGAAGAGACUGAACAAGUUGAGCUUGACGAACAUAAAUUACAUGAAGCACCAAUCACCGCUUCAGAAUUAGAAACCAAUCAUCUCGCGAAUGAAUCUCUGGAGAAAUCUGCCACUAGCUCAGUCACGAAUGACCGUGCCGAGGAUGCUGUGAUGUAUGGUGAGUACGAAGACGAGGACCAGUCCGUUUCCGAAAUCAAAGUACCCGAAUCACCCGCAAUGUCGCACAACAUGUCUACAAAUUCCAUCCCAGCCUUCAGACCUGAUGAAAUCGAUGAGGUUGCAUCCGUUGAGACGACGCGUAACAUCUCUGAUUUCGUACCUCCAGCAGCACCAUCACCACCAGCGAAUCCUUCGCAGAUACACCCAUUGAUGUUCUCUUAUCGGGACAAUCGUGAUGAUUCAACCUCUGAAUAUGACCCGAGUCCGAUAAAGCGUCGAUCUAUUUUCUCAUAUCGCGAGAGUAUUCUCCCUCAAACGCCGUCCGCAUCUGAAACGCUUCCUUUCAGUCCUCUCGCUGCGCAGUUGAGUCAAUGGAAGGCCAGUAGCCCAGAGAAAAAUAAGCAACAUGGAGACCGCCCUCAAAGUAGUAUAUUUUCUCCGGUCAUACCAAAUCAACUAAGAAUGAAGUCAUCAAAGAACAGAUACAGCCAGAUUCAAACAAUGCGGCACUCUUUAGCUGCCAAGCAUUCGUUGGCAAACUCCACUCGCAUGGAUGAUGAUGAGACAGACACAGUUGAAAGACAAUCAGAGCCGAAGGAGCAGGAGCCAGACCAAGCAACCGAAACCGUUUCUCACACCCAACAGGAGUAUGAAAAUGACGACUCACGCAAGGCUGCAUCGGAUAAAGAGAUUCCGGUCCAACCUCUUCCAAUGUCAAUCACCCCAGUCAGGGUUAACCGUGAUCCACACCGUACCGUUCACACCGUUUCAAAGGUGCCUCUCAGGCCAGAAGGAGAAAUCUCGCCAAUUAAGUUUCCUCGCAAACGGGCCAGGGCCAAGUCAAUUGAUAUAGAUCUCCCGAUAAGAGCAUCGCCGCACCGUGUGAAACUGGUUCCUAAGGGGCGUCUUCAUCCUUCUUCCCCACGGAAACCCUUGGCCGAACUUGAGUUUGACGGUGAGGAUGAACCAAAGCUUGUCGCAACUUACCCGACUUCGACUGUGGUUAGCCCUAAGAAAACCCCCGGCCCAGUCUCAAAGGCUGAAGAACAGGUCUUGCGUGGCGCUGUUGUUUUCGUCGAUGUUCACACCACCGAGGGCGAGGAUGCUAGCGGCAUCUUCGUUGAGCUUCUCACGCAGAUGGGUGCAAAAUGCGUCAAGUCUUGGUCGUGGAACCCACGAGCCAGUCAAUCCCCUGUUGAUGGAGUAGAGCCAAUUAAUAACAGCAAGGUCGGAAUCACCCAUGUCGUUUAUAAGGACGGCGGGGUUCGCACCAUGGAGAAGGUUCGCCAGGCAGGCGACCUUGUGAAAUGUGUCGGGGUUGGCUGGGUUCUUGAUUGUGAACGAGAGAACAAGUGGCUUGACGAGUCUUGUUACAAUGUUGACAGCACCAUCAUCCCUCGUGGCGGAGCGAAGCGCAGGAAAAGCAUGCAGCCCCGAGCUUUGGCAAAUGUCAACGGUUCGUUAAUGUCCUCGACUUCCAGCAACCGCUACUCUCGCAAUUCACCAGAAUGGGAGGGCACGAUGGAGAAUUUCCGACGCAUGAGCCCCAACACACCCCCAAGUGCCGGGGAGUCCUUCCUUAGCAGGAUUUCCAAUGGACCACCCAAAACCCCAACUCCAGAUAAUUCCGACGGCACAUAUGAAUUCAAGUUCGAUUUCUCGGCUAUGUCACCCGCAACGCCUUACUUCCUGUCCCAGCCAUCGCGUCUUGUCCAGCAAACCUGCCCGCCUAAGCAGAUCAACCAGGGACUAUUUCCUUCGGCUCCUGGCAGCGAGUCGAAAGACAACAAGAUAAGCUCGAGUCUUCGCGCGAAACUCGAGGCAGCCCGACGCAAAAGCUUGGCAUUCAAGCCAAGGCUCGAGAGCCCACUAUCUCGGUCAUAAACAGUGACAGCAAUUUUUUUGACUCUUUCUUUUUUAUUAUAUAAUUCGCUCGUUACCUAGAAUAAGGUGGUUGUCUUGAUUUUAUGCACCUGUACCUUUUUGGAGUUCUGGAUUAGUUUUCGGGUGGUUGUAUGAACACACAGGAUAUGUUAUACUUCAAAUAAUACCCGACUGGCCUGGACUGGACUAUCAGGAACACCUCAAGAUUGGCUUAGUGUUUUGACAUCUCUUUUUUUAUUUAUUAUCUUUGCACAUUGGUUCUUUCUGUUUUGUAUCCAUUAAAUCUGAUUCUGAUACCCCCUUUUUUGUAUUCUUUUAAGUGGUUGUGUGUGUUUCGAUUGGAUAUCUGACUCCUCUUCUCUUUUGUUAAUGACGUUUUUAUGUAUUAUUCUUAUUUAUUGAGAAUGGAUUCAAGUUUAUGAAUACAAAUAUGCCAUGUAUGCAAGCAUUGGUCGGUGCUGUAUUGACCCACAUCCUCGG